AAAUUUAUGUAAAGUUUAAAUUAAGUCGGAGGAUGAGUUUUUUCAAAAUCUUGUCAUAAAAGCGAUGAUUUGUUUCAUUGUUUCGCAAAUUUUUGAAUAAUUAUAAAUCGUGAAAUGAACGAUCCACUCUCAGCCAAUUUUGAAGAAAACUCCUCGUUGUCUUUGAGUGCCGAAAAUGAAGAUUUAUUUGUCUCCAUCUAUGAGUGUGAUAAGCAGAAACAUGAGAAGCAUGCUGAUAAAGAGGAUGACAUCUUUGCUGAAGCCAACGAGUAUUUUGAGGACAUAGCAAUAGACCAGUGUGUGAUGACAUCAAACAAACAACCUUCACCUUAUGUUCACCAAUCAUCUCAGCACCCACAACAGAGCAAUGAGGCUAACGAAGAAAGCAAGCACUUCAUUGCAGUAACUGUUAAGGAUCCAAGGAAGGUAGGAGAGGGUUUGAAUGCAUAUGUCGUCUACAAGAUAUGUACCAAUACUAACCUUCCAGAGUUCCAGCUGGAUCAUGCGGAAGUUACGAGAAGAUUCAGUGACUUCUUAUACCUGCACAGCAAGCUGGUGGACAAGUACAAACAACUUGGCACCAUCAUCCCCUCCCCUCCUGAAAAAAAUGCGAUCGGCACAACAAGAGUGAAAAUAUCAAGAGACGAAUCAACCUGCAAUGAUUUCAUUGAGCACAGGAGGGAGGCUCUUGAAAGAUUUCUAAGGUGCAUAUGCAAGCAUCCAACAUUGAGGGUUGAUCCGAACGUGGUUGACUUCCUGGAGCUGGAGGGUACCCUGCCCAGGUCGUCCAGUUCAUCCACUAUGUCCUCUUCCUCCAGGGUCCUCAGGUUCAUCAACAAGGUGGGGGAGAACAUCAGCAAGUUGGCCAUCUACAAGAUGGAUGAUGCCGAGGAGUGGCUUGAAGACAAGCAGCAACAAGUUGAGUUGAUGGAGGUGCAUCUGAGGAGCAUGUACAACAAUGUCGAAGAACUCUAUGCACAUAGGAAAGGCUACACAAUCUCGUUAUCAAAGAGCAUCGAUUGGCUGUCAACAACAGAAGAGCAUGUUUCACUUUCAAGAGCUCUAUCUUCAUUGGCUGAAACCUUGAACGAAUGUGGAUAUUUGUAUUCAUCCCAAUCGAAUGCAGAUUUCUAUAUAUUGCUGCAACUUGUGAAUCAGCAUUUGGGCCUGUGUCAAUCUGCCAAGGAUUCAUUCCAGGAACGAGUGAGGUUGUACAAGUUAUGCAAGGAGGAUGAUGCGAUGAAGAAGAAGAUGAUGGCCAGCAAGAACGAGAUGACUGCAAGUUGUGGACCAGAGGAUGGUCAGGGACAGUUAAGCAGUGAGUUGCAGCAGACAUCAAGCAACAUAAUGAAGGAAAUGAAGUGGAUGGACGACACGAGAGCAUCUGAUUUCAAAGAGGAUGUCACCCAGUAUAUGCAAAUCAUGCUCAACCAACAAAUGAGGUUGGCAGAGAUGUGGGAGGCGUUUCUAGGUGUGGCAAAGGAUAUAUCUUAACGUGACCCAAUCCUCUUGCAUUUUAUGCCGCAUCAUGUCCAGUUAUGUAGUAUCUAUUUACGAAAUCAUGUACGAAUUUCACAUGAUUCCAACAACUGUUGUGUCAGACAGUCUUUUAUUGACGUUAUUGUUAUUACAAUGUAUUGUUUAAAUUUCUGGAAACAUUUAUUUUGAUUAAUUUUUUAUAUUCAAUACAAACUUUCAAUUUACCUCUUCAUUUAGUCAUUAAUAGCUAAUUAAUAGCUAACAUUUAAACUGACUAGUCACUUGUGUUUCUCUAUAUCACUAAAUAUUUUUCAUAUUUUUUGUCGAAUGUUGAUUGUGUUUGUUAUAAUUUUUAGAAACUUAUAUGCAUACCAAUUUAUAAAUGAAUAUCGUCAGUGUCCGCUUUUACUUUAUUCUAUUUUGAAUUAUUUUUCACUUAUAAAAUGUUAAGCGUAUUGUUUUGAAAAAAGUUUUUAAUUU